AUGACGAACACAUUCAUGCUUUGUCGUGUUGAAUCGAAGUCAGAUAUUGGUUUGACCUAUAUUCUGGAAACAGCAAAGGAAUUCAGAAAGCGAAGAAUAAAUGGAAAUCUUGAUACAUCAACUAGUGGAGGAUCAUCAGGUGGAUUUGACUCAGGCGGUGGAUCCUCAGGAGGGUACUCUGGUGGUUCUAGAGGUGGAUUCGGGGGAUCAGGUGGAUCUCGAGGUGGAUUUGGAAGUUCAGGAGGCUUCGGCUCCGGUGGAUUUGGCUCGAGUGGAGGAUCCUCUGGUGGAUAUUCGGGUGGAUCAGGUGGUUCAUUUGGAGGCUCUGGCGGCUUCGGUGGAUCCGGUGGAUUUGGAUCGGGUGGAGGAUCCUCUGGUGGAUAUUCGGGUGGAUCAGGUGGUUCAUUUGGAGGCUCUGGCGGCUUCGGUGGAUCCGGUGGAUUUGGAUCGGGUGGAGGAUCCUCUGGUGGAUAUUCAGGUGGAUCAGGUGGUUCAUUUGGAGGGUCUGGCGGCUUCGGUGGAUCCGGUGGAUUUGGAUCGGGUGGAGGAUCCUCUGGUGGAUAUUCGGGUGGAUCAGGAGGAGGCUUCGGAGGGUCAAGCGGCUUCGGUGGAUCGGGAGGAUUUGGAUCAGGUGGAGGCUCCUCUGGUGGAUAUUCGGGUGGAUCAGGCGGAGGCUUCGGAGGGUCAAGCGGCUUCGGUGGAUCGGGAGGAUUUGGAUCAGGUGGAGGCUCCUCUGGUGGAUAUUCGGGUGGAUCAGGCGGAGGCUUCGGAGGGUCAGGCGGCUUCGGUGGAUCCGGUGGCUUCGGCGGCGGCGGAGGAGGAUCCGGUGGCGCCGGCGGAUCGCUGGGCGGGUACCUCCCUCCGGCGGGAAGAUGAGGCGCCGCUGAGAGACGGAGAGCAGC